AUGGCAGCUGUAAGGACUUUAGGAAGUUGCCUGUUACUAUUUCAGAUUUUAGCUUUGCAGGUCGUAUCUCAAACAACGCCUCCGGGUUCAACACCAGGUGUAGCCCUCCCUCCUGGAGUCAUAAGCAUUUCACCGUCUGAAGUAUCAGAGAACAGCAUCAGAAUCACCUGGACAGCUGCAGCUGGAGCCAAGGACAGCUACAGUAUCAGCAUCUCUCCUGACACCGGUGUCACCAACCCUACUGGAAGUGUGAAUGCCGGAGCCCCACUGGAGUACACCUUUACAGGUCUGACAGCAGGAACCCUGUACACCAUCGCUGUUGUAACUGUUAGCGGUGGUGCGAAUAGUAUACCAAGGACAACAACACAGAGGACAACUGUAGCCCAGCCAGGAGAGAUUAUCAUCCCAUCAUUCGAUGUAACGGAAACCAGCAUCAGGAUCACCUGGGCAGCUGCAGUUGGAACAGUAUACAUCUACGAUAUCGGCAUCUCUCCUACCGCCGGUGUAACCAACCCUACUGGAAGUGUGAAUGCAGGAGCCACACUAGAGUACACCUUUACUGGUCUGACAGCAGGAACCCUGUACACCAUCGCUGUUGUAACUGACAGUGGAGGGGACAAGAGUGUGGCAAGGGAAGAGACACAGAGGACAACUGUAGCCCAGCCAGGUGCCAUCAGUAUUCUACCAGCUGAAGUGACAGAAAACAGCAUCAGGAUCACCUGGGCAGCUGCAGCAGGCGCCAAGGACAGCUACGGCAUCAGCAUCUCUCCCGACACCGGUGUGACCAACCCUACUGGAAUUGUGAAUUAUGGAGACACACAAGAGUACACCUUUACUGGUCUGACAGCAGGAACCCUGUACAUCGUUGCUGUUGUAACUGACAGUGGAGGGGACAAGAGUGUGACAAGAGAAGCAACACAGAGAACAACUGUAGCCCAACCAGGUGCCUUCAGCAUUCUACCAGCUGGAGUGACAGAAAACAGCAUCAGGAUCACCUGGUCAUCUGCAGAUGGAGCCAAGGACAGAUACAGUAUUAGCAUCUCUCCUGCCGAUGGUGCCAACCCAACUGGAAGUGUGAAUGUUGGAGCCACUCUAGAAUUCACCUUUACAGGUCUGACAGCAGGAACGGAGUACACCAUCAGUGUUGUAACUGUUAGUGGUGGAGUGAACAGUGUGCCAAGGACAACAACACAGAGGACAACUGUAGCCCAGACAGGAGCGAUCAUCAUUGUUAUGGUGACAGUGAACAGGAUCAAAAUCACCUGGGCAGCUGCAGCUGGAGCUGUAGACAGCUACGAUAUCAGCAUCUCUCCUACCGACGGUGUCACCAACCCUACUGGAAGUGUGAAUGCUGGAGCCACACUACAGUACACAUUCACUGGUCUGACAGCAGGAACCCUGUACACCAUCAGUGUUGUAACGGACAGUGGAGGGGUGAAGAGUAUGGCAUUGGAAGCAACGCAGAGGACAACUGUAGCCCAGUCAGGUGCCAUCAGUAUUCUACCAGCUGAAGUGACAGAAAACAGCAUCAGGAUCACCUGGACAGCUGCAGCUGGAGCUGUAGACAGCUACGAUAUCAGCAUCUCUCCUACCGACGGUGUCACCAACCCUACUGGAAGUGUGAAUGCCGGAGCCGCACUAGAGUACACCUUUACAGGUCUGACAGCAGGAACCAUGUACACCAUCAGGGUUGUAACUGACAGUGGAGGGAAUAAGAGUGUUCCAAGGGAAGCAACACAAAGGACAAAUGUAGCCCAGCCAGGUGCCAUCAGCACUGCAUCAAAUGAAGUGACAGAAAACAGUAUCAGGAUCACCUGGGCAGCUGCAGCCGGAGCAGUAGAUAGCUACGAUAUCAGCAUCUCUCCCGACACCGGUGUCACCAACCCUACUGGAAGUGUGAAUGCAGGGGCCACGCUAGAGUACACAUUCACUGGUCUGACAGCAGGAACCCUGUACACCAUCAGUGUUAUAACUGACAGUGGAGGGGAUAAGAGUGUGGCAAGGGAAGCAACACAAAGGACAACUGUAGCCCUGCCAGGUGCCAUCAGCACUGCAUCAAAUGAAGUAACAGAAAACAGUAUCAGGAUCACCUGGACAGCUGCAGCUGGAGCUGUAGACAGCUACGAUAUCAGCAUCUCUCCCGACACCGGUGUUACCAACCCUACUGGAAGUGUGAAUGCAGGGGCCACAGUAGAGUACACAUUCACUGGUCUGACAGCAGGAACCCUGUACACCAUCAGUGUUGUAACUGAACCCAAUUUAACAAGCUUUGAUCAUACAGCUGUAGCCCAACCAGGUGCCAUCAGUAUUCUACCAGCCGAAGUGACAGAAAACAGCAUUAGGAUCACCUGGGCAGCUGCAGCUGGAGCCAAGGACAGCUACGACAUCACUAUCUCUCCUGACACCGGUAUCACCAACCCUCCUGGCAGUGUGAAUGCUGGAGACACGCUAGAGUACACAUUCAAUGGCCUAACAGCAGGAACCCUGUACACCAUCGCUGUUCUAACUGACAGUGGAGGGGUGAAAAGUAUGGCAAGGGAAGAAACACAGAGGACAACUGUAGCCCAGUCAGGUGCCAUCAGUAUUCUACCAGCUGAAGUGACAGAAAACAGUAUCAGGAUCACCUGGGCAGCUGCAGCUGGAGCCAAGGACAGCUACGACAUCAGCAUCUCUCCUGACACCGGUGUCACCAACCCUACUGGAAGUGUAAAUGAUGGAAACCCACGAGAGUACACCUUUACAGGCCUGACAGCAGGAACCCUGUACACCAUCAGGGUUGUAACUGUCAGUGGUGGAGUGAACAGUAUGGCAAGGACAGCGCAGCAGAGAACAAGUAACAUUACUACUGUAGCACAGCCUGGGGAUCUCACCAUAGCUUCAUCGGAUGUAACAGAGAACAGCAUCAAGAUCACCUGGUCAUCCGCAGCAGGAGCAGCAGACAGCUACAGCAUCAGCAUCUCUCCUGCCCAUGGUGACAACCCUUCGGGGAGUGUGAUCGCUUCAGCAGCAUUAGAGUACACCUUCACUGGUUUAACAGCAGGAACAGAGUACAUCAUCAUUGCUGUUACAGUCAGCGGCGGGGUGAACAGUGUGGCAAGAACAACGACACAGAGGACAACUGUAGCCCAGCCUGGGGUCAUCAGCAUUGCACCAUCUGACGUCUCCGAGAACAGCAUGAAGAUCACAUGGACAGCUGCAGUUGGAGCCAAAGACAGCUACAUCAUCAUCAUUUCUCCCGACAGUGGUGUUACGAACCCUACCGGCAGCGUAAACAAUGGAGACACACUAGAGUACACAUUCGCUGGUCUGACAGCAGGAACCUUGUACACCAUAAAUGUUAUAACUGUUAGCGGAGGGGUGAACAGUGUAGCCAGGACGAAACAACAAAGGACAACUGUAGCCCAGCCUGGUGUGAUCAGCAUUGUGCCAUCUGAUGUGACAGAGAACAGCAUCAGGAUCACCUGGACAGCUGCAGCCGGAGCCAAGGACAGCUACAGUAUCGACAUCUCGCCUACAGGGAGUGUGAAUGAUGGAGAUAUGCUGGAGUACAGCUUUAACAGCUUGACAGCAGGAACCCUGUAUACCAUCAGCGUCACAACUGUUAGCGGUGGGGAAAGCAGUGUGGCAAGAGUGAAAGAACAGAGAACGAAUGCGACAACUACUAGUGCUGAAGGUACAGCCACUUUUCCACCGACAACGGUCACUGGAAGCCCAUACUCAUCUACAAGUUCCCCCGAUACAAGUUUCGGUUCUCCUGCAUGUGGUGCGGAAUCAGGGGUGUAUGCAGGUAUCGCUGUCGGGACUCUUGUUGCUGGUGUUGUGAUCGGAGUCCUGGCAACUCUCCUGGUACAAUACAUGAGGGCUAAAAGAGCAUCUUCACAAGAGACGGAGGUGUAUGAAGACGUGGUGACCCGGCCUGCGCCGACCCGUCAGUCGACGUCUGCGUCAAAGUACGGCGAGCGCGAGUACGAUAUCCCCAUGGAAACCGUUCCACCACGCCCUCAGGAAGAGAGCCCCUACCAGGAGCUGAAGCCAGCGGUGUAUGAACAUCUGAGGAAGCAUUGA